CCUGUACUAUGUCCGCAGUCUCUGGUCAUCUCCUGUACUAUGUCCGCAGUCUCUGGUCAUCUCCUGUACUAUGUCCGCAGUCUCUGGUCAUCUCCUGUACUAUGUCUGCAGCCUCUGGUCAUCUCCUGUACUAUGUCUGCAGUCUCUGGUCAUCUCCUGUAGUACGUCCACAGUCUCUGGUCAUCUCCUGUACUAUGUCCGCAGUCUCUGGUCAUCUCCUGUACUAUGUCCGCAGUCUCUGGUCAUCUCCUGUACUAUGUCCGCAGUCUCUGGUCAUCUCCUGUACUAUGUCCGCAGUCUCUGGUCAUCUCCUGUACUAUGUCCGCAGUCCUCUGGUCAUCUCCUGUACUAUGUCUACAGUCUCUGGUCAUCUCCUGUAGUACGUCCACAGUCUCUGGUCAUCUCCUGUACCAUAUCUGCAGUCUCUGGUCAUCUCCUGUAGUACAUCCGCAGUCUCUGGUCAUUUCCU